AUGGCGCGCGCACGAGUACGCCACGCCGGCGGCGAGAUCGCGGACGACGACAUCCUCCGCGAGGUCUUCGCGCGCCUGCCGGGCUUGCAGGACCUCCUCCGCUGCGCAGCCACGUGCAAGCGAUGGCUACACCUCGUCACCGACCCGACCUUCCUCCGACGCGUGGGCCUCUGGCCGGAGACGGCGCGCCGCCCGUCAGUCCUCGUCGGGAUCUUCUCCCAGAACGCGUACCCAACCAGCAAGCACCUGCCUCUGAACGACAGCCCUCCAAGCUUCCUGAGCCUUCAGGCCGGCGGCGCCCGUCUCACCUUCGACUCCUUCGUCCCCAACGGCGAUGGGCUCUUCAACCUGGCAAGACCACUCGCGUCGCGACGCGGCCUUCUCCUCGUGCGCAUCAUGCCGCCUACCCGGGUCGACUGCUACCGCAGCCAUGAAGUCCAUGAAAAGCUCCAUCUGGCGGUGUGCCGCCCUCUGAUCGACAAGCAGCGCAGGCUUCUACCACCGCUUUCCUUCCACGUGAACCGUGGAUAUUUGUACUUGGACUUAGACUUGGACUGGCAUCUAACCGGCUGCGUGCUUCUUACCGACGAGGAUCAUGGUGUCAUUGACGAUUUGGAUCGGCGACGACAACCGGCGUUUCAGGUGCUCUUGACUUACACCAGCAACAGCGGCAUCGUGUAUGUCUACACGUACUCCUCUGCCACAGGCAUUUGGAGCGCGCCCACCAUGUGUCGCCGGGCAUCAUAUUCAUACCUCACCAGGUGCGGACCGUUCGCUGGUGUUGUCACCCGUGGCAUCGCGCACUGGUUAUACAUGGACAAGACAAGUUUCUACACGCUCAAUGUAUGCGCUGCCACGACACAUGUUUCUUGGACCAAGAUCCCCAUCAAGGUCCGCGCCGGUGAGCAGCGGCGGCCACCGUUUCCAUGUGUCACUGGAGAAGGGAGGCUUUCGUUAGUUAAUAUACGAGACCAUGGCGUGCUAGAGCUUUGGACCAAGCAAGGACAAGAUGACGACGAUCGUGGCUGCGAGAUUGGCGGGGGAGGGUGGUUGCGCUCCGACCUGGUAAAUCUAGGAAGCGAGGAGAGAAUAAACCUCAUCUUCUUUGCAGAGAGGAGAGCUGCGCUGCUCGUGGAGCAGCGCGGUGCAUUUUUCACCGUCGACCUCAAGAGUAAGAAAAAGGCAUCCAUUGAUCUCAAGGGCGAGGAAAUGGAGCAUUUCAAAGGCACAUACAGGUUUCCAGCGAAUCUAUGUAGUAGUAGUUGGUGUAGUGGAUUGCACCACGGCCUGAAAAUGUGUGGGUAUAAUAAGCCUGUGUUGUACGAGGUGGAUUGGUCCACUCCCGUUGUCGGGGAGGUGCGAUGA